ACUUGCCCUCAGCAAACUUAAGCAAUUACAACAUCACCGUGGUGGAAGGAAAGAGCAUCACAUUGUACUGUGAUACUACUGGAGGGCCGCCCCCUAAUGUAUCCUGGGUGCUCACUAAUCUUAUUUCAAACCAUGAGAGUGACACAAGUAAGAAACCUGCCUCACUAAUCAUAAAGAACGUUUCAUCUGUGGACAGUGGACUUUGGAUUUCUUGUGUAGCAGAGAAUAUUGUGGGAGAGGAACAAGCCUCUGCUGAGCUCACAGUGUUCUUUGCACCAAGUAUCACAUUUAUUGAAUCUCCAACCCCGGACCACCACUGGUGUAUUCCAUUCACUGUGAAAGGCAACCCUAAGCCCACAUUGCAGUGGUUCUAUGAAGGGGCUAUACUGAAUGAGUCUGAAUACAUCUGUACUAAAAUACAUGUUAUCAAUCAAAGUGAAUACCAUGGCUGCCUUCAGCUGGACAACCCUACCCAUCUGAACAAUGGUGCUUAUACCUUAAUAGCAAAGAAUGAGUACGGAGAUGAUGAAAAAUGGGUUAAUGCUCAUUUCAUGUCAGUGCCUGGAGAUG